AGAGGGGCGCAGGAGAAGCGGCCCCCCCCCCUCGCCCCCCGCCCUGGCGCUCCUCGGCCGAUGGACCUCUCGGGCUCGCCGGGGGCGCGAUGGGCCAGCGCUUCUCCUGGAGCGGGGCGAGCCCAAAGGGCGGCGAAGAGGGCGGGCCCGAGGAGGACUUCAGCGAGGCCUGGAACCAGCGGGACGAGGGGGUACUCUGGGAGGUUGCGGCGUGGGUGCCUGGGCUGCUGCUGUGGCGCCGCAUCGAGGACGCAGAGCGAUCGCUGCGCAGGGCCAUCCGCCACGUGCAGGCGCGGCCGGCGGCGGCGGAGGAUCUGCCCGCGCUGCGCGCCACGUUGCUGCCCGCGCUGCGCCUGCUGCCGCAGCUGCCCGCGCCGGAGCAGCUGCAGGUGGGCUUCUGGGUCUCCAGCCUGCUGGGAGUGGUGCUCCUCAAGGCGGCCCAGGGCGGGCCUCUGCCCGCCCACUGCGCGGAAUUCUCCGCAGAGUGCGUGCGAUGGGCCGCGGUGGCCUGGAGCCCAGCCAGCCCUCUGGUGAACCAGACCAUCGACAACAACCGCCACGUCCUCGCGGUCUGCGCGAUCCUGGCCGAGGUGGCCGACGAGGAGACCAGGCGUAACCUGGUCGGCAUCGUGACCAGCUGCACCGUCGCGCCGGCUGCGCAGUUCUGGACCGCCCGGUUUUUCCAGUCGGUGCUGCAGGGCGUGCUGGCGGCCGUCGCCCUCGAGGCCACGGGCUCCAUGGAGCUCCAGAUCGCCUUCCCGCUAGUGCAGGGGAGCCACGUGGCCCCUAGCGCGGAGCUGGUGGAGAACGUCCUCCUGUUCGCGGAGGAGUGGGAGAGGAGGCUCGCGCGACCCCGCACGGACAGCCCUGCAUGGCUGGCCGCUGCCUCUGGCCUAGCGGGCGCCCGCCAGGGCGCGCCCCUGACGCCGGCGGCGUGCCUCGCGGCCCUCUUCCUGGCCCGCGCUGGAGGCGGCCGCGCCGGGGGGGGCGAGCUGGCCGCGCGCGCCGGCCUCGCUCGCUGGCUGCGCUCGGGAGUGUGCGAUCCGCCGCGGUGCGAGCAGGACGUGGUCCUGCGGGGGUACGUGGCGGCCGCGGCGGGCAGGGUGCUUGUGCGGGGCCAGCCGCUGCGGGUGUGGGAAGACCUGGCGCGGGCGCUGGUGCUGGCCGUGACUACCGCGGUCGUUCCCGGCUCGCUGCCGGGGCGCCCUCCCGAGCUGCUCGCACGCCAUUGGCGCUCCGCGGCUGGCCUGAUGCCGCUAGUGGCCGAGCCCCUCGCGGCGUGCCUCUCGAGUGUGCCCGAGGACGCGCAGGUGCCCCUGAUACUGCGCCCGCUCGAGCUGCUCUGCGCCGAGUGGUGCGAGGGCUUCGACAGGCUCAGAGGCUACCCAGAUCCCGCGCUGCGCCGCCUCGGCGUGCUCGUGCUCAUGCUCGUGGGCGGCGUGGCCCGCCAGGCCGACCUGGCCCGCCUCUCCACCCAGGCGCUGGUCUGCUGCAUGCGCGCAAUGGCUUCCGUGGACGCGUUCCGCGACGCGCAGACCUGGGGAACCGCGCUGCUGUCACAGGAGUACGAGGCCGUGUGCAAGCGCGUCUGCGAGAUCGGCACCUCGCGGGGCCCCGCCUUCGUCGCGGCCCUCAUGUGGACGCUCGCGGAGGCGCACGCCCACCUGGUGGCGGCCCGCCUGAGGAUGGGUGGCGCGGCGCACGCGUGCCGCCUAGCGGCCGCUCCAGAGCUCAUGGACACGGAGCGCUACUUCGAGUGGGUGUGGCCCGUCGUCCUCGACUGCGUCUGGGCAGGCGGGGAGCGGGGCGACGACCGGUCCCCCCUCGCCGCCCGGGCCCACUCGGUGGCCGCCGUGUGCUUCGCCCACGCGGGGGCGCGGGGCCGCAGCGGCGAGGUUGCGAAGUACCUGUCGGUGGGCAUCCUGGCCUGCGUUGCCGCGCCGCAGCAGGACCUCUCGGGCCCGGCCUGCCCGAGAGCUUCCAUAGCCCGCGUGAUUGGGAGCCGAGCCGACGGUGCUGCGAAUGUAUGA